UUUAAUACUAAAAAGUUUCACAUUUGUUAGUUUUUGUAGUAAAUAUCUUGUGAAUUGUUUAAUAUUUUAAAUUUUCGUUUUUCGAUGGCUAGUGAAUAGGUUUGAGUCCAUGCUAAGAAGUUGGGUGUGUAUCUACACUACUUGAUAAUUUUCGAAUAAAAUUUUAAAAAAAAUGGAAGGUGAAUGUGCUGUAUGUAAAACAAAAACCACAAAAAAUUGUGCUAUAUGCCGUCGAGUCUUUUACUGUAAUGCAGAACACCAGAAGCAAGAUUGGCCUCAUCAUCGAGACACAAAUUGUAAUGCAUAUCGAAUUAAAGAAAAUCCUAAAUAUGGUCGAUAUUUAGUAGCAAAUCGUGAUAUAAAAGAUAAGGAAAUCAUAUUUAUUGAAAAACCGCUUGUGGUUGGUCCAAAAAUUGCUGCACAUGCAUACUGUUUGGGAUGUUAUAAACGAUUAGUACCAAAUCAAUCCAAUAAAUAUUUCCAUUGUAAGUCGUGCGGUUGGCCCGUUUGUAAUAUGCAGUGUGCCCGAAAACCAAGUCAUCGUGAUGAAUGUGAAUUAAUUAAAUCUCGUAUUGCCGAUAGCAAUGUUGCAAAUAAACGAGUUUGUGAAUUUGUUAAUAGUGAGCAAAAAGAUCCCCUGUAUUGUGUAAUAAUGUUACUGCGAAUUUUGUUGCUACGGAAAAGUAAUCCUACCGCAUAUGCGGAAUUCAUGAAAAUGGAAUCACAUUAUGAGAUUCAUAAACGUGGUGGAACUUUAUUGAAUCGAAUUUACAUGGAAGUUGGUAUUCCAUAUUUGAAACGCAUUUUGCACUUGGAAGAUGACAUGCAUAGUUUACUAAAAAUAUUUGGACGUCUUGAUGUAAACUCGUUUGAAAUUUUUAAUAAACAUACAAAAUUACGUGGCCUGUAUCCAACUGCCGCAAUUUGUGUCCAUGAUUGUAAACCAAAUACACGACAUACAUUCAACCAAAAGGAUUUUAGUAUGACCCUCUACGCGACAGGUCCAAUACAACGUGGGGAAAUGAUAUCGGCUACAUAUACCCAACUAUUAUGGGGUACCCUAACUCGCCGUAAACAUUUAAAAGAAUCCAAAUUUUUUGAAUGUACCUGUGCCCGGUGUAGUGAUAACACGGAAUUUGGAUUAUUUGUGGGUUCAAUUUUUUGUCCAAUAUGUAAAAAGACCGCUCGUGAAAAAGCACCACGUAUGAUUUCAACGAAUCCAUUGAAUGCGUUAGCAGUUUGGGUUUGUGAGAAAUGUUCGCAUGAAAUAACUGGACAGCAAAUGACAACAACACAGGAGGAAUUGCGCGGAAGUAUUCAAAAAUUGAAGAAGGAUGAUCCAAUGCAUUUAGAAACGUUUUUAUUGACGUAUAUGGAUGUUUUGCCACCCACAAGUAGUAUAGCUUUGGAUUGUAAAUAUGCAUUGUUUCAACAGUAUGGAUCAAUAAAUCCUGUACCAGGAUAUGAAUUAACCCAACUCAGCGAAGCAUGUUUGAAAAGAAAAUUAGAAUUAUGCCAAGAAUUAUUGUAUGUAGCAGAUCGUUUAGAAGGACCAUCUUCCAAAUUUCGAGCAAUAAUUGUAUAUGAUUUACAAGCAUCUUUAAUUCAACUAGCUGUACGUAAUAAAAAAUUAAAGAAAGAUGAUGCAAUCACCAAAGCGUUUGAAGAUAUUGUAACGAAAUUAAAAGAAGCACAUGAUAUUCUUGUAACUGAGCCUGAAUUAACUGAUGUCAUUACAAAGAAUACGGAGCAAUUAUUAUCGAGUUUAAGUCAAAUUGGUAAUCCAAAAUAAAUUCUGAGUUUUUCGUAAAAAUUAUUUUUGCUACAUUUCUCGCGUUUCGAGAUCAGUAUAUUUUUCGAGACAGAAUUAUAAAAAACAAAUUUAUUUUUAUUCUUUUAAAAAUUGUUUCUUUUAUUUUAUGUUUAACAUGGAUUUUCGACCCAAUCAAUAGGUAAAAUAUCCAAUCAAUAGAUAAAGAUCAACCCAAUCAAUAGAUAAAAUAUUUAUUUGAAAAUGUGUGAUU